AUGGAGAUCGGUGUACCGAACGAGGAGCAUGAGAAGGUGAUCGUCGAGCUGAGUGGUCUCCGUGAGACAAUAAGUAAGACCCAGAGUGCGCUCAGCGCGGCACAAGCUCGCGUUCAGGAGUUGGAGUCGACACACACACAGACGGAGGCCCAGCUUGACCUCCUGAUUCAAAGCUAG